AUGGAAGGCAUGGCGCAGAAGGCGAGGGCGACUGGCGAUGCGUCGCAGCCGUUCAUGGUCUCAGCGCUCCCGCUGGUUUUCAGCAGCGGUCUGCCCGUCUCCUUGGAGAACAUGCUGGAGCGGAACCUGGUGAAGUUUGUCCGGUUCAUGCUCAAGUGCGCGCUGGGCGUCGACGAGACCAAGCUGCGGCUGGUGCGUCGGCCCGCCUGGUGGCCGCGAACCGUGCCCUACUUCAACUUCAAAGCCAGCAGGGAGGUGGAAAAGGGACAUGCGGAGCGUCUGCGCGAGCUGGUCCGCUGUUGCUACCGGGGCAACGCAUGCGAGUACCUGGUGCGCUUCUGUGCCGACCUCGAGCACCACUGCGCCUCGGGCCCUCGUCGCUAUAUGAGCGGGGCACCAAACCGACUGGUGGUCACGUGCCUCAACGAGAACCUGGAGUACGACCGGCCGUGCCCCGACAGCGCCAUGUCCCCGCGCCGGCACCUGUUGCCGCGGCUGGCGCGCGGUCCCGGCCAUGCCAGCAAGCUCGCCAUGGUUCAGCCGCCGGCCAGCGACAUCUUCCUCUGCGACUCGUGCAGCGCCGAGUUCAGCUCCGUCGCUGAUGUCAAGGCGCACGAGCGCGAAUGUGGCGUUACGGCGGAUGAGGAGUCGGUCUCGGACACCGAGUCGGUUCGCUCCGAGCCGGAGGUGCUGUGCCGCGACCAGACGCGCUUUCUUAGCUAUGUGGGUCUGGUCCCGGCCGUCAGCAGCGGCAAACAGCUGUACGCGUCGCCGAGCAAGCAGAGCGCGUCGGCCGAGCGGCGGCAGCGGCGGCGGCUGGCUCCGCUUGGCCGUUACCAGGCGGUGGACCUGAGCUCGCCGCUGGGCCGGCGGCUGGGCGCCGGCGUGGCGCCGCCCGCCGACGGCCUCGUCGACUACGAGCGCUACUGUGAUGACGGCAGUAACAAACGGCUGUGGCGCCAGCCAGCGUUUCCCGUCAGCUGGCGGCCUCCGCGCAACGGCCGCAGGAUCGUGCACCGCUGGAGCCAUCUGUACUCGUUCACGGCCGCCCAGCGCGCCGAGCGGAGGCGCGUCAUCAGAACCGGUCUGACGUGCCGUUCGCGGCGCCUGCUGCCGCUCGUGCUGCCCUGCUCGGUGCCGCUGAUGCGGCUGUCGCCAGAGCUGAUCGCUGAGGCGUGCCAGCCGCCCGCCGGUCAAGGUUGA